AUGAUCCUCUUGUUUUGUAUUGUAAUAACAGCGGAGAAGGCACUGAAGAAGCUGAACUACACUAAUCUUAAGGGCAAGAUGAUUCGUAUUACUUACUCUUCUCGUGACUCUGCUGCUCGUAGAAGUGGGAUUGGGAACCUAUUCAUUAAGAAUCUUGACAAGUCAGUUGACAACAAGACACUUCACGAGACGUUUUCAGGGUGUGGGAGUAUUGUGUCCUGUAAGGUCGCUACUGAUCACAUGGGUCAGUCUAAAGGAUAUGGAUUUGUUCAGUUUGAGAGUGAGGAUUCAGCUAAAAACGCUAUUGAGAAGCUGAAUGGGAAGAAGUUUGAUGAUAAGGAGUGGUAUGUAGGUAAGGCUCAGAAGAAGUCUGAGAGGGAACUUGAGUUGAGUAGAAGAUAUGAGCAAGGCGCAAGGGAGAUGGGAAACGAUUUCGAUGGGUUGAAUUUGUAUGUUAAGAAUCUUGAUGAUACUGUCACGGAUGAGAAGUUGCAUGAGCUGUUUGCUGAGUUUGGUACAAUUACUUCCUGCAAGGUUAUGCAAGACCCAAGUGGUGCUAGCAAAGGAUCAGGAUUUGUUGCCUUCUCUGCUGCCAGUGAAGCUUCUAGAGUGCUAAAUGAAAUGAAUGGUAAAAUGGUUAGUGGCAAACCGUUGUAUGUUGCUCUUGCACAGAGGAAGGAAGAAAGAAGGGCUAAGCUGCAGGCUGAUAAUUGUCCUUUGAGGAAGCUACAAAUAGCGAAGCUUUUAAGUGGACAUUGCAUGGGAGCCCAAUGUUUUGAGUGGAACAUUGGAAGUGCAAUUACAGAAUUACUUGUGUAG